AUGGGGGAUGGGGGCCCAGCUCUGGGUCUGCCGUACCACGUGGUCAACAUUGUCAGUGGGGAGCUCAACAACGCGGCGGCCAAGAAGUACGACCUGGAGGCGUGGUUCCCCUCCAGCAAAACGUGGAGGGAGCUGGUGUCAUGCUCCAACUGCACGGACUUCCAGUCGCGGCGGCUCGACAUCCGCAUGCGCACGCCCAAGGGCCCCGGCGGCGAGGAGAAGAAGGCGCACGUGCACAUGCUCAACUCGACGCUCACCGCCACAGAGCGCACCCUCUGCUGCAUCUUGGAGAACUACCAGACCCCGGACGGCGUGCGCGUGCCGCCCGUGCUGCAGCCGUUCAUGAUGGGCAUCGAGUUCAUCCCCUUCCGGAAGACCAUCGACGCAAACGGCAAGCUGGUGCCCCUCAAGCAGCCGGCGUCGGUCGGCGUUUCCAGCCGCAGCGGCAGCGACGCGGCGUCGAUGAGCGUCAACUGA